CAGCCUGUCGGAAAAUGUCGAAUCGAGGAGCUUAUUACAAGAAUCGGUAUGGAGGAAGAAGGGGAUCUAGGGGUGGAUGGAGGGGAGGUUAUCAAAACCAGAACAGUCAUGGACAGGAAAGACCAGAAUCUGCCUCAUAUGAUGGGAGAGGAUCCAGUUUUGGAGGCUCAAGGAACUGGGAGGAUCUGGUUCGUAUUCUUGAAAACUUAGAAGGAAAAAGCUACAAAGCUUAUCAUGAUAUAUCAGGAUGCUGGAUUUUUCCAAACUUUAAACUUUAUGCUGACAAAAUACAGAGUGAUCCUUUUGCUCCUGCAUCACUAUUCAGAGUUGUUAUGGAUCAAGAGGCUGCAGGAUACCCAACAUUUACCAACAGUGCUCGUCUUCAGCAAAUAGCAACAGGGGACUACUUAACUAGGAUAUUUUCCAAUCUUGUGCGGUUUGGAGGCCAUGACAGACAGCUGAGUGGCGGAGGGGAAGGAUGGCAUGGCAAGAAAGGGGGGAGCAUGAAUAUCGAAAGACCUUGUCAACACGUUCUUGAAAGGACCUCUUGUAUCGUGACACCUGAAACUGUUGAGUUGAGGUUCACAGUAUCUCUUCCAGCUAGAGGCCGAAGCAUCGAAGGACAUGCCUGUAAAAGAAUCCUCACUGAAAACCUUCCACAAAUAAUCGAAAAGGCUCUUCCAUACAGAAGCCAAGAUCAAGCAGCUUUAAAGAAGCACGUGGAGUGUGUUGAGGACCAGGAGUACAUUCGUUCCCAGCUCUCUGCAGCCAACCUCGUGUCAUUUGUGAGAGAUGAAGCUGUUCUACCUCGUGCAAGUGGUGCAGAUGACAGGCCAAUGGAAAAGUCUGGUGUCACUUUGUUCAAAAGUCCAGACAGUUUGAGAGUGGAGUUUAAUCUGCCACACGCUGGAAAGGUAGCAGGCAUGGGUAUCCCUAAAGGUGUCUCUCUUAUUGUGGGCGGUGGUUUUCACGGCAAGUCCACACUGCUCAGUGCUAUCCAGUUUGGAGUGUAUAAUCAUAUCCCAGGGGACGGACGGGAGUUUGUCUGCACUGAUCCUACAGCAGUCACAAUACGGGCGGAGGAUGGCAGAAGUAUAGAGAAAGUAGACAUUCGGCCAUUUAUAAACAACUUGCCUUUUGGUCGAGACACAAGCAGGUUUUGUACCCAGGACGCCAGUGGUUCGACUUCACAAGCUGCAAAUAUUGUUGAGGCUUUGGAAACUGGGACCAAGUGCUUGCUUAUUGAUGAGGAUACGAGCGCAACGAACUUUAUGAUUCGAGAUGCCCGCAUGCAGAAGCUGGUUGCUGCUGAAAAGGAACCAAUCACGCCUUUUAUAUCGAAGGUUCGGAGCUUGUAUGACGAUUUUGGGGUCUCGUCGAUUCUCGUUAUCGGAGGCUCGGGAGAUUAUUUUCAGGUUGCUGAUCAUGUGAUCAUGAUGGACUGUUACUCUUCGCGUGACGUCACAGAUCAAGCAAAGGCCAUUGCUUUGGAGCACAGGGAGAGCAAUCCUCAGCCUUGCAUUCCGUUCGUUAUGCCUACACCUCGGAUUCCCAUAGCGAAUAGUUUUGACGCCACAAUCGGCGACAGAGAGAAGGUCAAAGUAAAGGGAAAGACGCAGUUUGGUUUUCAGGUUCAGUUUGGUAACGAAGAUAUUGAUCUCUCGUACAUCGAACAGCUUGGAGAGUUUAGUCAAACGAGAGUUAUAGGAGAUACCAUACUGUACGCACGAAAUAAUCACAUGGACGGAAACACAUCGCUUCUGGAAGUGUUGCAAAGGGUGGAGCAAGACUUCAACACCAAAGGUCUAGACGUACUCAGUCCCAGACUUCCUCUUGGGAGCUACUCUCGCCCCAGACUUCACGAGAUCGCUGCUGCCAUCAAUAGGUUUAGAAGACUGGCCAUGAAAUGAGAUUGAAAAGCGACGACGUAGAACGAGGGAAGAAAAGGAUUGGAGUUAGUCAUACGUUCUCUUAUUCUCACAUCCAGUUUGCUAUGGGAGCGCCCUAUUUAGAUGAACCUGCGGUUUCAAGCGUUCAUAAAGGUUGCCAGGUAACAUGACGUCAGGCGAACGAAACUACGGGCAGAAUAUAAUGGAAUUUGUUUUCAAUUUUGAACUAUCUAUUUACAGACAUACUACGUGUAGCUUACAGAUGUAAAGUGUAAAUGUGCGAGUUGGAAAAUAAAGUAACUCGUUGGUCCA